GCGGCGGCGGCGGCGGCGGACGAGGGGGGGUGUUGCUCCGCGCCCUCGCCCUGCCCGCGGUGCAGUUAAGAUGCGCCCCGGACGCCGUGCGGUUGCAGCGCGGCGGCGCUGACAUCGCUCCACCAUGGACAGCUUCGACUUAGCUCUCCUGCAGGAGUGGGACCUCGACUCUCUCUGUGUCUACGAGCCGGAUAGAAACGUACUGCGAAGGAAAGAAUGGGAAAGGAGAAAUCAGGAGGCCCAGCAGGAGGAUGGCGCGUUUAACACGAGUUACUCCCUCUUCAGUGAACCAUACAAGACUAACAAGGGGGAUGAGCUCUCGAAUCGCAUCCAGAAUACGCUGGGCAACUAUGAUGAAAUGAAAGACUUGUUAACUGACCGAUCAAACCAGAGCCAUCUUGUUGGGGUUCCAAAACCUGGGGUUCCUCAGACAUCUCUCCCCAAGCCCGAUGAACAUCUUGUAGCAGACUCGAGACCGCCGCCUCCUCCGCCCAUUUCCAGCACUACUUCUUCCACACCAGCAGCCCUACCUGCCCAGCAGAGCAAAAGCGCCGCGAUGGGUUGGCAGAAGACCGGGCACAAUGCCGCUUCAGAUGGCCAGCAGAGAGCGAGCAAGCACGGGCACCGGUCACUGGAGUCACACAAGGGUGACUUCAAACUGGCAAACCAAAAACCCAGUUUGGAGAAACUAAAACGCUAUGCAUCGAGUCCCACCUCCUCCUCCUCUUCCUCCUCCAACACUGCCCAGCAAAGCUCACUGAGGGCCACGCUAGGAGACAAUGUCAACAGAGUGCAGCAGCCGGCAAAGCUCAACUGUAGCUCGGAUGGAGGAGCUCAAGCGCAAGAGAGGCCAGCAAAGCAUGGUGGCGGACACUGCGUCCAAAACUUCCCGCCCUCUCUUGCUUCGAAGCCCAGUCUGGUUCAGCAGAAACCAACAGCUUAUGUAAGGCCAAUGGACGGUCAAGACCAGGCUCCUGAUGAGUCUCCAAAGCUGAAGUUACCAGCAGAGACGACCAAGUCAUAUAGGGGAGUGCCUUCUAACAAGCCUGAUUCAGCCAGGACCAAGUCAAAGAUAGCCAAGUUCAGCAUUCCUAAGCAAGAAGAGGACAGUGGAACAGGAGAUAACAGCUGCAUUGAAGAAAUACUGCGGGAGAUGACCCAUUCAUGGCCUCCACCACUGUCAGCUAUUCACACACCAGGGAAGGCAGAACAAAGCAAGUUUCCCUUCCCAAACAAGGAGUCGCAACAGGGAUCUACAGGACACAGCAAUACAAGGAAAAGUGAUGUAGAGCCAAAGAGUCCAGAGAAAAGCGCAACCCAUACAUCAAUGCUAGAAGAUGACCUCAAGUUAAGCAGCGAUGAAGAGGAGAAUGACCAGCAGGCAGCACAGAGAUCUGCUCUCCGCGUUCUAUCUGACAGCCUGGUGGUGCCACAGUCCAACACCCGAGCCUCGGGACUCUCCAGCAAGGGGUCGAGCAGCAGCAGCUCCAGUGAAUCAGAGACCAGCUCAGAGUCUGACUCAGAGAGCGAGAGCAGCUCCAGCGAGAGUGACGGCAGCAAACCCUCACAUUACUCCAGCCCAGAGCCUGAGCCACCCUCAUCUAACAAGUGGCAGCUGGACAAGUGGCUGAAUAAAGUCACCCCGCACAAAGCACCCAUCCUGACCCACCAUGACGGCACGGCGCUGGAGGCCCAUCCCUACUACGGACGCGUGAAGGCGGAGCGGCAGGAGAGCGAGAAGACCCCGGCCACCGGCCCGGUUGAGCACCGCAGUGGGGAGGGCCGUGCCACCACCACCGUCACCGCCGCCAUUGGGGACGGACCGCGGCCCAGGACCGCCAACAAAGCCCCGGGCAGCAAAGGCGGCCGGCAAAAGUCACCCCCUGCAGCUGACGGCGGGCCUUCGAGGCGGGCGGCGGGGAAGAAGGCACCGCGGCGGGCUGAGAGGACCUCUGCCGGGGACGGCCCCCACUGCCCCGGGGUGGAGGAGCCUCCUUCAAGCCACAGCUUUCUGGAAAGCACUGCUGGAGAGGCGCCGAGGGCCCGGCCCGGCGGUGGCAGCAGUGGCGGUGGCUGCAGAGCAGGGCAUCGCCGAGGGGAGCCCCGCUCGGCCGCGGCAGGCGAGAAGCGUCGGGCCCGGGGACCGAGCAAAACGGCGCCCAAAUCCAAGGAGUUCAUUGAGACCGAGUCUUCGUCCUCGUCAUCCUCCUCCGACUCGGGCUCUGAGUCGGAGCGGGAGGAGCGCCCACUGCCCAAGGCGCCGCUCACAGCCGGGGCCGAGCCGCGGGCCAAGGACGCGGGGACCAGCGCCGCCAGCAAACCCCACGGCGGCUGCAGUGCCUUUGGCUCCAUUAAUGCCAGGACUAGUAGUGAAAUAGCAAAGGAGCUGGAGGAACAGUUUUACACCCUGGUUCCUUUCGGUAGGAAUGAGCUCCUGUCUCCUCUGAAAGACAGUGAUGAGGUAAAGUCGCUGUGGGUCAACAUUGACUUGGCUCUUUUGUCCAGGAUUCCAGAGCGUUUGCCCGAAGAGCCGCUGGCCAUGAGCGCCGGAGCAAGCCAGGCGGCCAGCCUCCCGCAGGGUAGUAGUGCUGACCCCCCCGCAGAGAAAGGUUUACCGAAAUCUAGAAGGAAACGCAAGUGUGAGAAUGAGGAAGAGUGCAGAGACAUCAAGAAGACUCACUUAGAGCGAGAGAGUUCUUCACGAUUAGCUGCCUCUGCCCACAGCAUCACAACAGCAAAUCACUGCAAUAUGAAUGAAAAUAGCUUGGCAAUACCAAUAAAUAAAAAUGAGAAAAUGCUUCGGUCACCCGUCUCUCCCCUCUCUGAUGCAUCAAAACACAAAUACUCCAACGAUGAUUUAACUUCCUCCAGCAGACCUAAUGGCAGCAGUCUAUUACCUUCCAUCUCCUCCAGCAAAAAACAUAAGGGUGAAAUCCAGUCGCAGCCACAUCCUGGAGACUUAAAUAAAGCAAUUCACAUCAAUUCGGAAAAUGUUCUCUGCAAUAAGCCCCAGUCCCAAACAGAGUCUUGGUCACCUCUGUCCAGCACACCCAGGGACUGCAGAAGGACAAAGCUUAUCUUUGAUGAUAUGCCACGCAAUGCAGAUUACUUUAUGCAGGAAGCUAAACGGAAGAAGCAUAAAGCAGAUGCAAUGGUGGAAAAGUUUGGAAAGGCACUGAAUUAUGCAGAAGCAGCACUAUCGUUUAUUGAGUGUGGAAAUGCAAUGGAACAAGGCCCAAUGGAAUCUAAAUCCCCUUAUACAAUGUAUUCAGAAACAGUUGAACUCAUCAGGUAUGCGGUGAGACUAAAAACCCACUCAGGCCCCAACGCCACUCCAGAAGACAAACAGCUGGCAGCAUUAUGUUACCGCUGCCUGGCCCUUCUGUACUGGAGGAUGUUCCGACUCAAGAGAGACCACGCGGUCAAGUAUUCGAAAGCGCUUAUUGAGUAUUUCAAGAAUUCGUCAAAAGCUGCCCAGAACCCAUCUCCUUGGGGUGCCAGUGGAAAGAGCACAGGAACUCCAUCACCCAUGUCGCCUAGCCCUUCUCCAGUCAGCUCUGUAGGAUCCCAGGGGAGCACAGGGGCCCCUUCCCCAUCUCCUAUCAUCAGCAUCCCACAGCGGAUUCAUCAGAUGGCUGCCAACCACGUCAGCAUCACCAACAGCAUCCUGCACAGCUAUGACUACUGGGAGAUGGCUGACAACCUGGCCAAGGAAAACAGAGAUUUUUUUAACGACUUGGAUGCAUUGAUGGGGCCUAUCACCUUGCACAGCAGUAUGGAGCAUUUAGUUCAGUACACUCAACAAGGACUUCACUGGGUGCGGAAUAGCGCCCACUUGUCAUAAUGACUGUGUGCCAUUCACAUGGACAGUAUACCUUUCAUGGAUAAUUCAGUUAUUCUGGACACUGUGCUACAGAAAUAGUCAACCACAGCAUUGAUCCAAACAAAGGUGAAUAUUUCUCCAAUAUCGAGCAAAAUUUUUCUGAGUGUAGACAUGUAUGUGUGCAUAUGUACAAUAUACAAUGACGUCUCUUCAGAAUUAAUUGCUCUGUACCACUCUCCAAACAUUUUCAUACACUAGAAACACUAGAAAGAACUGAUCUUAAUGCACAAAACGUACCCUUUCUAUUCUUGUGCUGAAAAACUCAGAAACCAAAAUCUCAUGGGUUGGUUGAACCAAGUGCAAUAAGCACAGAUCCCUAUUCAGGAAAGCUCUCAAUAAAUUCUUAACUUUAAGCUUGUCCUGAAAUCCUGUUGACUUCAGCAAAGCUUAAGCACAUACACAAGGGCUUUCCUGAACUGGAAUGAAUGAGGGCAAAUCACAGACAUGGAGAACUUUUACUGCGAGCAUGGACACGUCACAGGCGUUUCAAUAUUAAUGUGCUAUCUCCCUGUUACUUCCCCAUGGGGGCAACAGAGGGGUUGUGUAGUCUACGUUAAGUUGGAGAAAAACAGCAUUCCUUCAUGUGCAGUAAGUUUCAACAAAUUGCAUGCAUUUCUUUAUCUCAUGUCUUUUUAAAUAACUUUACCUCUUGUUCAGCUCCUCACCAACGGUGUAACCUACAGUAUCAAGCGAAAAGCCUGAAAACAGAUAUGUUGAUAGCAAGAACUUAAAAGAGAUGGUGGAAAAUUGCAUUCUGUUACUGACAGUGAAUAGAUAAAUGAAAAAAAUAUGGCAAACUGCAAUCCACUUAGUAAGAAAAUGUGUUCAUUUCAGCUGUGUACACACAGAGAGACAGAGAGAGAUCUAUAACGGUUGUUGGCUUUGCAUGCGAAGGCUUCAUCCCACAGAUUUUGACUUUCAUAUCUUUUUCAUCUAGCAGAAGCUUGCAGCAUUUUCUUCUAGGCUGUAUGGGAGCAUUACAUGCAAUUUCCUUUAUCUGGGAAGCCGAGUUUGCUGCUCAUCAGGCUAAGAACUGUUUCCUAUCGUAAUCCUCUCACUCUUCAUGCAUAAUCCUCAACCAGGCUUUAACGUUUCUUGAUUUAUGGGAUGUUUUCAGUUCCUGUUGACAGGCUGUGUUUUUCAUGCCAGAAGAAUUAAUCCCACAAUAAUUGGAGUUUAAUUUGGGUCAGCUGAGGUCAAGGCCAGUUCAUAUCAACCGUGCUUGCAUUCAGUGCAUUUUUGUUCAUGUUCAGGGGUUUUCUUGCAUUUAGUUUUCUUUUUCUGUAUCGGAAAUAUAUUUUUUUUUGCAAUCAGAUUUGCAGCCUUUGCUCAAGUCAGCAGCUCUGGUGACUUUCAAUGGACGGUUCUUAUCCAAGUCGCUGCUUGGACCCUUUGAUUGUUGUUUUCUAAUCUAUUUUACUUAUAUAUUAAGGAAAAGUGAAUACAAAAGACUCUUUCAAUAGAAGAUACAAGUAGAAGUAGCCACUGAUACCAGUGUUUGAUUGAUUGGUCCUUGCUGUCUUUUUUUUUCCUCCCCCAUUUUUGAAGAGCUGCACUUUGAAAAAAAAGAUACCAAACAAUGCGGCAUGUUUUCUCAGUAAAACAUCUUUGGUAACACAGGCGAUAUGUAGCCCAUGGCAAAGAGUGGGCUUGGGAGCACACUGAGCCCCACGUACCUGCAUUAUUUUGCCGAGGCUGCUUACCAUAACUCCAGCUAAUGCUCAGACUUAGAGCAUUCACCCUUUGAAGCAGCUCGGUGGGGUGGCUACCGAGGGACUGCUCGGCCCCAAACCAUCCUGGGCUAAUAUUUAUGUGCCCGUUGGUGCUCCGAUUCUUCCCCCUCAAGAGAAGUCCUGAGCUCAGACUGUGGUCACCUCAGCGCAGACUUGAGCGUUACGGCUUUAGGAGUGAACACAGACCUGCCUAUAAAUGACAAAAUACACAUCCUCCAAGUCCUCCCGUCACUCUUAACUCUGGCUGUCACCCACCCCAGAAGGAACACAAUUUGUUUGGUCACAAGUAUCAUGGAGAACUUGAUCGGUGCCUUUCCGUUUAUCACUUGCCUGAUCUCUGGCUGUGGAAGUCUGUUGUGAUUUACCAGACUAGUAGCAACGGAUUCUGUCAGCUGCUUCAAUACCGUAUGAAGGUACUGUGGGAUUUCUCCUCAGAUCAGGAAAGUGAAACUCCAGUCAGAUUAGCUUCUGUUUUCUUUGAUGGUGCCUAUGAUGUUUAUCUUCAGAUAAGUUUGGGGGUUUGGGAGCCCUUACUGCUAUUUAAUGUUGAGAAAUUUUAGAAGUGACAUAUAUUACUUGCCUUAAAUGGAGUUUAGUUUUAUUGCACAUGUGGCAUUUGAGUUUCAAAUACGGAACUUCGAAGCAUGUUUAUUUUACUAAGAUCGGGAUAUUUUUCUUAAUCACUAUGAACUCUUUGUAUGGAUGUAAUAUGUCAAGAAACUUCAAAGAAACGCAAGAAUUAAUGCUGUCCUGUUGUAACAUUUCCGAGUACUAAGGAUCUCUUGUAGAUGAUUGUCCUUUCUUGUACAUUGUUCUUAAAUUGAAUUAUUCCAGCUAAAAUACCCAUUGCUUCCAUGGAAAAACAUUGGGGUUUAGUUUUCGUGCUGGCAUCAUCUGUCUUGUCUGGUGAGCACACUGAGCCUUAACUUCUGGUGGUGUAACAGGAUGAAAUAGCAGCCAUUUAAACCAACUAGAUAUAUAAAAGAAUUAGAGGGUUUGGCCUUCUCUCCAUAGGGUUUCUUGCAGCUAUACUAUUUUGGUGAGGUAAUUUAGAAUACUCUCUUGUGCAGACUGUUCGCUGUAUACAGUUGCUGGUCUUUAGAUGACUGAAUGUGGCAUGGUGACAACAAAUACUUCAUUUCAUCUUCUUAGGGCCUGGUCUGGAAAAAUGCAUGUGGCUUUUAGGUCUGGUCCAGUUAAGCAUAUGCUCCACCUUAAGAACCUGAAUAGUCUUAGGCACUUCACCAUGAGUUGAAGGUGCUCCGUGUGUUCUGGAUGGGACCAGAGCAGACUGUCCUUCUUUGAGGCUCCAUGAAAGACCCUGUCUUGUUUUAAUGUGUUGUAAAAGUCCAGGAGCAUGCAGGCUUCUUUACACCAUACCAAUGUUCGGGUUCAUUUUGGGAAAGAAGUCAUUCUGUACAAAUCCAGAAGGAUUGUGCCUGGAGGGAGAGGUUUGCUUACAAACAGAGGCUUCUGAAUCAGUCAGGGUUGGUAAAGCAGUGGGAACGGAUUCAAAGGAACCAUGUAUUGCAGGUGGAUGCAAGAAACAGCAGCCUAUAGGAUCCUCACAGACAGCAAGAUCAUACAGACCCCUUGGCCUUAAUCCUUUAUAGUAUUCCACGGUGGUAUGAGUGACAGGUAAGAACAAAGCAUAUGCAGAGGUUCGAGUGUGGCCAAAAGCUGAGCAUAGUCCUCCUUGUUGCAUGGCAGGAUAUCCCAACCCCUUGUUUGCCUAUUUCUUUUAUCCAAAUAUCACAGGGCUCCAAAGGAAGAGAUUAUAGUGAACAGAGGACCUUAGGUAAAGGAGGUUAAGAAGAUCAAGCCCUAAAUGUAGAUACAAACACAUAUGUAUAUACUGUAAAUCUAAAUAGUAAUAAAAGUCACUCAGCAUGAAGGAUAUUACUAGUGCCUACCAUUGAUCAUCAAGUACUCAUCACUGAGCAGCCAUAUCACCUCAGAAGUGCAGUAACUGUUAUCAAAAUAAUUUGUGCAGCUAAUUAAUUUAUAAGAAAUGCACCUUUGGGACUGUGCCAUAGUAUCUCUUUUGUAAUACAAAUGUCCAACCAUUUUUCAUGGCUACUGAUUCAAAUCUACAUCACUGAAAUGUCAGGAUAUCUUUUUUCCCCUAGAUGAGGACAUAUACUUAGAUCUGGCUAAUCUGUGCUUAGUUUAUCUACCCAAGAGACUUUAGUAGUCACCAGCCUUAACGCAUGUACAGUAUAUACUACUCACUGACUUAGUUGUAGGUUUUAAUCCAAAUGAAAUUGGAAUUUGCGAAAUGACUUGGAUUAAUGGCAUCUGCCUCAGAUAUCCUGCAGAUGUGACAUUGAAUGAUUCAUGAUUUUAAGCAGGAAAGGUUGAAUUUUAUGUAAAUAACAGUGGAUGAAUUCCUUGAGGUUUUUACAAGAAGAUUUUUUUAAAAUGAAAAGAUUGUCAAAGCAAUAGGUUUUUUAACUCUCCUAAAUUUUCUGGAGGGUCAUGGGUUCAUGGUCAAAACUAUAUUAAGAACAUCUCCUUCUGCAAUAUGCCUUGACUUUACAUAAUCCUCUUAAUGCUUAAUAUGUCAGAAAGAAAUGUUUCUUUUUCACAGCGAUAGCAACGUUUCCCUCCCCCAUUCAGGGAGAAUCCUCAAACUAAAGAAUAAAAUCUCCUGGCACAAUAGAAAUACAAACAAUGCCUGAAGAAUAUGGACUUGUUAAGAUAACAAUAGAAGUUUGGCUGGCGCAGACCUAACAUGCCUCUCAUUUCGGUAUCUUUUUGUUAGCAUUUACAUCACAUAUUUGAACUCAUUGUGUUUGAAACUAGAGAAUUAGUCUGAUAUUCAUGUCUUAAAAGGCCUGGUAGGUCUAAUCACUAUCAUAAUUAUAAUUGUUACAUUAGCUUAUGUGCUGUGCACCGAGGGCUGGGAAGGCAUGUAACCACAGAUAAAUUUGUCAGAAUGCAUUCAGAAAAGCAUUUGGAUGAUCUUAUGUCUAGUCUGUCUCAAAAAAGGGUGAACAAUGUCUCUCACCCAAUAUUGUUAGCAUGAAAAUUUCAGUCUCUCAUAAAGCUGCCAUUUGCCCUUAAUAAGGCCAAGACUCCAUUUCCAGCAUUACCAGUUGCCAUGCUGUAAAUUAUUUUUAAGGUUAACAAACUGGUGAGGCUGCAUCUCAAGUACUGCAUCCAGUUUUGGGCCCCUCACCACAAGAAAGACACUGAGGUGCUGGAGCAAGUCCAGAGAAGGGCAGUGAAGCUGGUGAGGGGUCUGGAGCACAAGUCUCAUGAGGAGCGGCUGAGGGAGCUGGGGUUGUUCAGCCUGGAGAAAAGGAGGCUGAGGGGAGACCUUAUCGCUCUCUGCAACUACCUGAAAGGAGGCUGUAGCCAGGUGGGGGUUGGUCUCUUCUCCCAAGUAACAGGUGAUAGGACAAGAAGAAUCGGCCUUAAGUUGCCCCAGGGGAGGUUUAGACUGGGUAGUAGGAAAAAGGGUUGUUAACCAUUGGAACAGGCUGCCCAGGGAAGUGAUUGAGUCACCAUCCCUGGAAGUACUUAAAAGAUGUGUAGACGUGGUGCUGAGGGACAUGGUUUAGUGAUGGUUUUGGCAGCAUUACAUUUACAGUUGGACUCAAUGAUCUGAAAGGUCCCUUCCAACCUAGAUGAGUCCCUGAUUCUAAACUGGGAAAGUCAGUUUAGGCCCUGUUUGUGCUUACCACACUAGAGCUACGUAGAGGAAAAACACUAAGAUUUGGAGCGUCCAAGACUCCAUCAUUCUUUCAAAAAGACUAUGGUUUUCCUCAGCGAAAUGGGUGGGAUUCAGCUGGGGCUAUUUCUUCAAGCUCAAGCCACCUUUCAAAUGGGGUGCUGGAGCAUCUAGCAGGUACCCACAGGUUGCAUAAAGGCCCUUGCUUUCCCCCACAAAACCAGCAGUAAAUACAGCAAGGCUCCCUCUCUUUUGCCAUCUGCAUAGCUUGAAUCUCACUUGCUGUAGCUUGGAUCCCAGUCUCAUCCCUGCUGACCUUGACAGAUUCCAAAGGGUACAAGGAAAACAAGAGAAUGACGAAAAAAUGGGGAUUCCCUCUGUCCCAAGGCAGAUAUUCCUUUUUGGGAGUGAAUAUAGAGAACAGCAUGGAUCAUAAGGCACUCAGGUCUCAUGUUUCCCAUAUGUACUAACACGGGGAUACUUAACACUUAUCUGCCUCAUAGGGCUUUAUGAGAAUUAAUUAAUGUUUGCAAAUCACUUUGUAUCCUCAGAAGGAAAGUGCUGUAGAAGAGCUACGGAAAAAACUGCUAAGUACACUGGAUGAAUUUCACCCCCGAGUCCAGAGCUACAAGACCCUCAAAAUCCUUAAAUACCAUGGAAGCUCUCAAUGUAAGCACCAGAGUAUAUAGAACGUCUGCUUAGCGCUGAGGGGAGUGAGAGCCUAGGUGAAAUUGCUGUUCCCAGAGUAUCUAUAACUUUGAUCCUGGUAGAGAGGAAGAAUCACAACAGUACAUAAUGGGACAAACACCGUAGGUUAACCAAGUGCUGUGUAGCCAUCCUAAGAAUUUCAAACCUUUUUAUGUCUUUGAACCACUUUGUGUUUCUGUGAAAGAAAUUUGCCGCCCCAGUUGUACCAAGUGUGUUUCUCAUAACAGCCUCGGAAGUAUUCAUUUGUUAUUCCAAAUCCAUAUUCAAAUAACUUUAAAUCAAUGGAAAUUUUCUUUUAGAAUGGUGCAUUGCAGAGAGGACUGGUCACUUAACAAAACAUUUUUUAAAAAAGUCUCUCUCAUAACAAAGUACGUGCCUGUCUGUGAUGCACAUUACCAGUAACUGAGCCGGGAAGUCAGAGAUAUAUUCAUGGAGUUUCCUUCCCAAAUCACACCAUCAUUAGCCAGCAUCCUCGGAUCAAAUCCCAGCUCUGUUCUGAGAUGUUACCUCUAGAAGUCAUCAAUAAAGCAUUUCACCAAGGAUCAAACAUGAGUCAAAUCAACAAAAUAUUUCUAUUGCUGUUCAUGUUAUUCAGGCAAUACUAACAAAUCCUUUCUUCCUUAGCACUAGUUAUCCUUUUCUCCUCCACUUGGCAUUCUUAGAUAUGGAAUUCUCACCCUGCCAACAGACAUGAAAGGAAACACUUCCUGCUGGAACAAGCUAGACAUAGAUAACAUUUGCCAAAGGACAGGCCCUUCUUAGUCUUUUUCUCAUUUCCAUUUUGGAAAAUAUUUGUAUUAAAAAAGGAUACUUUCAUUUGCAGUUUAGAUUUAUCAUGGAAUCAAAGAGUCAGAGAAUGGUUUGGGUUGGAAGGGACCUUAAAGAUCAUCUAGUUCCAACCCCCUGCCAUGGGCAGGGAUGCCUCCCACUAGACCAGGCUGCUCAAACUGGGCUUGGACACUUCCAGGGAUGAGGCAUCCACAGCUUCUCUGGGCAACCUGUUCCAGUGCCUCACCACCCUCAUCAUAAAAAAUAUCUUCCUUAUGUCCAAUCUAAACCUACCCUCUUUGAGUUGAAAACUGUUGCCCUUUGUCCUGUCACUGCAGACCCCAGUAAAAAGUCUUUCUCCGUCUUUCUUAUAAGCCUUCUUCAAGUAUUGAAAAGGUCGUAAUAAGGUCUCUCCAAAGCCUUCUCCAGGCUGAACAACCCCAGUUCUCUCAGCCUGUCCUCAUAGGAUAGAUGUUCUAUGCUUCUGAUCUUUUUUGUGGCCCUCCUCUGGACCCGUUCCAACAGGUCCAUGCAAUCAGUACAUCCCCUAUCUUGAUACUGGGGCUUGAUCCAACCCAGGUGCAGGACCUUGAGCUUGGCCUUGUUGAACCUCAUGAGCUUCAGGUGGGUCUUCUCCUCAAGUCUGUUAAGGUCCCUCUGGAUGUCAAGGUCCCUUUGGGGAUCUGCCUUCACCCAUGACAAACAAGCCUGACCAUUUGCAUAAGGUGCUGUAUGGGAAGAUGGGACUUCUGGCUUUCCCCAGCAAAUCACAUGUAGGUAAUUUGUGUCAUGAUGAAUAAUUUAUUUUUUAUCUCCUCAGCCUGUCAUUUUACCUUCCUGGCCCACAGUCGGCUCUUCCUGCAGUUCUAGACAUUUUCUUCCUCAACCCCCAUCUCCCAGACUGGGCUUCUGACAUGUACGACAAGGUAGAGCUGAAAUUACUCACAGGAAAAAAGACAGAGGGCAAUGCAGAGCUGCUCCAAGCAGCUUAGGACCUUUCUGCUUUCUUCUCAUUCCCACCCCACCCGUGGAACUGGCACCCACAUUCUCCCAUUAUUCGUAGCAAGAGAGUUCAGUUCCUUCCUGAAGGAAGAGACAGUGAGUGCUGAUGGCUCCACGCACAAUUUCUGACCAGCUCUUCUGCUUUGCGUCAGAAGGCGGAUGGGAGAGACCAGGAAUCUGGGGAUGGAAAGCCCUCAGCACAGGUGACUCAAACACCCUGUGUGAAACAGCAGCAUCUCCUGGCCCAGCACCACUGUGUUACUGAUCUGCUUGAAUGAGCAUUGCCGCUUUAUGGCCCUGGGGUAGAACCAGCAGGAACUGAUGGUCUCACACCUGUGCAAGGACUUUUUUUAGGCCAUUGAGGACACACACUCAGCCUUGUAACAAUUCACUGGGGUUAAAUAGAAAGAGAAGGUGCAGUGGGAGAGAAAAAAGGUCCUGAUUUAAACACAGAAGUUGGGAUUCACCUCAUCUUGUACUGAAGGCCUAAAAUAAGCGCAGUGAAUCCCACCCCAGAAGUGCUUGUUUCUGUCCGCUGGCUACAAAGGGAAUUUAGGUGAUGAGAUCAGGUAUAGAGGUGCUAUAAAUCCCACCUCAGGUUUACAAUCAUACCUAUUGCUAACGAGAGUGCCCGCUGAUAUUGGUAAAUAUCUUAGGAUGUGCUGGUGCAGGAUGGGGCUGAGAUCAUAUUGGGAGAGAUUAGAUAUACCGGAAAAUAGGUAUGCAGUAAGUACCUUUAUUUCUGAGAUGUUUAAAGCAUACAUUUUAGACUUGGACCACCUCUUGCCCACUCUCUAAUUCACUGGGCCCAAAUCCAAAGAAUUCAGCAGUUCCUCGAGGACUGAAUGUGCACCUUUCUUCUAUUGAGAUUACUGAAAUAUCAAAAUAUAUUUUACAGUUUACUAAACAUUUGCAGGCACUUUUCCCAUAUGUAGUCUGGAAGUAGAGCUGGCUUCCUGUAAACAGAAGAAACAUUUUUUCUGUAGAUGGCGAAAGAGAUGAGAUUGGCUGUGAGACCACAUGAGGCCAAUAUUACUCUUUUUUACGGAAAUUCAACAGCAUUUUUCAAUUCAUUACAUGAAAACGGCAAUUUUAUCCAUGAUGAACAGCCUGUAGGCCACCCAGGGCCACCUAAAGCCUGCCUGUGGACCAGCAGUCCCGUAGGAGCUCCUCGGGCUGGCCAGGCAGCAUCCCUUGCUGUCAGUGGUGGCAGAAAGAGCGGCGUUGCAUUGAGAGCUUCAGAGCAGAUGGGUCAAGGUGUGCUUGUGGUGCCAUUGGUAGUCUCUGUCUUUCCGUGGAGGGCAACAGGAGGAGCAGGAGCCGAGGCAGUGGAGCCAGGCGGUGUGAGACCUGCUCUCCGGGUAGCCCAAGGUUAACCCCUGGUCCUCCUGCGCAGGGACAUUACUCCAUGGCAGAUGGAGACGAUAACUGGUGUAAUAAAUCAUGUCUGCGCGCGCACACAUCUUGCGGCAACUCCCUGCCUCCCUGGGCAUAUUAUUAAUGGAAACCUGGACUGCGGUGGUGUCCGCUGACCAGGGCCAUGUUGUGGUAGGCAUCCUACAGAGACUCUCUUCCAUGGAGUUGCCACCAUGCAGAAGCCAAAACCAAACCAUGCUGCCAGUGGGUGGGGGAAACAAACAAGCCGGGAAGAGAGCACAGGGCGGCCAAAAUAACAGGAUGCUUAAAUUUGUCAUUACUUCUCCAGCCAGUUGCAAUAAUCGCAGUAGUCCUAAUUCCCUCCCCGUUUCCCAUGCUGCACGUAGCACCAGUGGCCGAAGAGGCGAUGUGGCGGUCCCCCUUUUCACGCAGCGAACUUGUAAGCAAGGGUCCCUGGCCGGACGAGGUAGGCGAAGAUCAGCUUAUGACCAGAAUUAUUUUUGUAGCAAACCGCAAAGAUUCAUUUCCAUGUUUCGUUUACGGCAACAAACGUCAGCAGGUUUUUUUGUAAAAUGAUUUGAGUCGGGAUGGCUUUAUUUGCAGCUCAUAAAAUAUCGCUCCUGUUUCUCUCUGAGGGUGUGCUAUCCGAGGCCUCCCCCACCCAGCCAAAGCUGCAGCCGUUUAUCUUCCCCAUGAGCAUAAUCCCACAAUAUGUCCCCAUACAGCAGGCAAUAUUGUUUACACAGGUUAAUAAACGGAGUAUUCUGUACAGUAAUUUAUGCUGUAAAGUAUGUACAUAUAUCACAGUAGCAGCCACAAAAUGCUUUAAACUGCCUUAUUUAUUAGAUCAGUUAGCAUUUCCCCCCUUGCGCCAGAAUACUUUAAAUUAUUUUGAUCUUUUGCAUUAGGUAUUUCUUUUAGUUACUGCAUUUUGACCCAAUUAUUGACAAAAAAAACCCUGGUCUUUACAGUAAGUAGAUAUCUAAAAUGUAGGUAGAAAUAGCAAAAUCACUGCCCAUCCAACUAAUAUAGCUCUAAUUAUGAUUAAAAGUAAAUAUGGUAUACUCUUAUCUGUGUAUCAUAGUAUAUGCCAGAAAUCAUAUUCCAUUUGUGACCAAUACAACCAACAAGAGCUUUAGUAACUUCCAGCUAUUUCAUUCUUCCAUUGUGAGACAAAAAAAUAACAAACUACUUAAUCUAAAAUGUUCCCCAUGAGAGCCCUGGUCUUAUUCCUCCCUCAGGCGAGACUCACACUGGCUUCGGUGGGAGCUUUACCUGAGUAAAACUACAACAUAGGGACAUGACAAAAAUAAAUAUAUCACGUAUGAACAGUACUUGUGCUUGGUAGUCAUUCCUUUUCUCGUUAGUGAGAAACAUAGGGUAAACACUACAUCUGUAAUGCUCCUCUGUCUCACUCCUUUCUUUUUGCUGUACCAGUAAAAAAUUGAGAUUCAAAACCAGUUGUAUUUGUUCCAUUCGCUCAAGCAAAAUAGGGACCUUCUGGGGAUCAGUUCCGAGUCAAACUAGAAAAUACGAGAAAAUUUUGCUUUUGUUUGUUUUCAUGUUAAAUUAUGUUACACAAUUAAACAGGUUCAUGCAUACAAAGGCAAUGAAAUUAUUAAUGACUUGUUUUACUGUUUGGAGAUUUUGCUAUGUCCACAGUUCAUAUAAAACUCAUGUAGCACAGUUUCUGGGAUGGUGAAAAAUCCUACUGUAAUGUAACAGAAUGAGCCUUAAGGAUUUGUAAGAAUAAGCACUUUUAUAUUAAAAAGCAAAUAUUAAUUCAUCAGUAAGAUUACUUUUUUAAUGUGACAAUAAACCAUGAAAUCAACAUCCUUCUGUCUCAAUUACGCCUCAUCUGUCUCUUUCUUAAACCUUUUUCUGAGUAAAAAAAAAUUGCCUGG